AUGAAAACUUUUAAGUACAUUAUAGAUGCAAGAAUUUUUAGCUUUAAGUAAACUUUCUAGCUCAACUAUUGUUCUGAAUGCUAUAUCCCAAAUUUACCUGUAAAUAAACUUUUAGAGAAAAUAAUGUAAGGUUUAAUAUUGAUAGAAAGUUAUUCUUAAAUGGUUUCUGUUAAAAAUUUAUUCUAUUACCUCAUCUGUUCCAAACAUAAGCUAUCUAAUAAAUAUUUUAAAGAUCUAAAUAUGAAAUCAAUAUAUAAAAAUUAGAAUUUAUUAUAUAGUAAUCUACUCAAUAUCUUCUUUUAAAAUAUUAAACUACAUUUAUUAAUAUUCUAAAUGUAUAUAAAUCUCAUUUAAAAUAAAGUUAGCCAAAAAUCUUAGCACACUUUAGAAGAUUGAUAAUUUUACAGAUUAAAUCAGAAAUUUUAGCAAAAAUAAAAAAGAAAUUACCUGAGGAUACUAAAAGCUAGGUUGAAUAAAAAAUAAAUGAAAAAGUUAAAGAAAUAAAUUGCUAUCUAACUUAAUUAUUUUGA